AGUGAGAUGAGUGGAGAAGCGAACAACGGUUGACCCAGCAAACAAAGAAAACAAAAAACCACUACGUUUUCUUUGUGAGUGUACUGGAAGUUAGUAGUUAGUAACGUGGUGUCUAGUUUUGGAAGAUGGUGGAUACUGUGAAAGAAGAAGCUGUUGCCCUCUUCAAAGAGACUUAUGGCAGCGAGCCAACUCAUGGUGCUUUCGCUCCUGGCCGAGUCAAUUUGAUUGGCGAGCAUACUGAUUACAAUGAUGGUUUUGUAUUUCCAAUGGCUUUGCACGACAAAGUGUGUGUGUUGGUUGGCCGCAAAACUGACUCUGACAGGUGUCGCGUAGUUACAUCAGCCGCAGUUGAUGGAGAAUGCCGUUAUGAGUUCCCCACACCAAGCCCUACCAACCCUUUGACACCUGCUGUGGAGGCCAAGUGGUACAGCUACUUCCUUGGUGUUGUGGCAGGAUUUGACCAGAACCGUGGAAAUAUUCCUGCAUUUGAUGUGGCUAUUUCCACAUCAGUUCCAUUGGGUGGUGGAUUGUCAAGCUCAGCGUCGUUGGAGGUAGCCACCUUCACGUUCCUGGAGGAGUUAUGCCCAGACCUGAAGAGUACAGAUCUAACUGCCAAGGCACUGGCUUGUCAGAAAGCGGAGCACGACUAUGCGCAUGUGCCUUGUGGUGUCAUGGACCAGUUCAUUGCAACCAUGGGUCGCCAAGGUAACGCAUUGUUGAUUGAUUGCAGAGCACCACCUACAGGUGAGCUAGUGCCGUUCAAUGAUCCCGACACUGUGAUUGUUGUUACAAACUCUAACAUUAAACAUGCCCUCGGCUCAUCGGAGUAUCCGAAAAGACGUGCAACUUGUGAGCAGGCUGCAAAGGUCCUGGAGAAGCCAGCGCUACGCGACUGUGACUUGCAGUUGCUUGAGUCAUUCAAGAGCCAGCUGUCUGACCUGCAGUAUCGCCGUGCUCGUCACGUCAUCACGGAGUGCAAGAGAACUAUGGAUGCUGUCGCUGCUCUGCGUGCCAAUGACAUGGCCACGUUUGGCCGUCUGAUGUACGAAAGCCACGAGUCAUUGCGAGCUGAUUACGAGGUUAGCUGCGGCGAGCUAGAUCACUUGGUAGCGUUGGCUAAAGAAGUUGAUGGUGUGUAUGGAGCCAGGAUGACCGGCGGUGGCUUUGGUGGUUGUACUGUGACUUUAGUGAGAAAGGAUGGUGUUGAUGCCCUUAUCAAGCACAUCAAGCAGGGCUACCCAGAGAAUCGUGCCACAUGCUUUGUUACCACUGCCGGUGCGGGAACUGCCGCCAUCUCCUUGUGAACCCGUUGUACCGCCAUGGCAAUCUAUCACCAUGGUAGUUAACAAUGCUACCUAAACACAUUGCUGCGCAAUUGCCACCAUUGGCAAUGGUAUUUUUAUUCAGUCAUUUGUACACCAGCUUUCUGUUUGUAGGCCAUUCCCGAUUUCCUUUAGAGACUUUUCCAGCACUUUUUUGCCAAUGCCUGAAUCUCUGCUCUGUGUCACAUGCUUUUUUGCUGAUAUUUUCACCAUGUACCAGCAUGGUAUAUCUGAUGAUGUCAUCACUGUCACAUGACCCCAAUGUGGUUAUGAUGUUGUUUAUAUAGCUGCACCAGUAUGGCACUACAUGUAGCAGUGACCUCAACAUUACUAGUAGUGUGCGUGCAUGCAUGUGUGCGUUCUGAGCAGAUCGCAGCACAAACCCAAUCCCGCUGCUCGUUGUGCUUGGUGUAAAGGCAAUUACAAACUUGUCUAGCUCGCACUGUGCUCACACCCGGUCCAAUGGAGGAUGCUUCUUUUCUCAGCAUCAUGACUUUGUUUUGUUGUUUCUAUUUUUGUUCUAUUCCCUGUAUAUCCGGGUAGCUAGAUGCACCUGGUCGUAUACUUGUCUGUGCAGUACAGAUACGUCAUAAUAAUAAUACUUAGUACUAUA